CUUUCCAAGUCAUGUCGCAGCGCUGGGGUGCUCUGACGCUCGUUGUCAGCGCCACGCUGUUGCUGAUGAUUGCAGCGACUGCCAUUGUCACCCAGCCAGGCGCACUCUCUGGCUCGAGCUCACCGACAGAGACAGGCCAGCUGCAGCAGGACGCCAACAAGGCAGCAGCGCCACUAUUGCACCAGCAGCUCAAGCGAUCGCCCAAGCGGGCCACCGACAUGCACUCUGGAUUGAAUGAUGGCAUUGCUCGAGCACCCAACACGCAACCCCAAGACCAAGACCAAGACCAAGACCAGCCUGGUGCUCAUGAUGCGAGCAAACUGACUACUCGCGACGACCUUGCGCCGGCGUGCGACAAUCCUGGCAAUGCAGGCCUCGAAAAGUUCUGCUCGGAUUUCCUCACUUCGUACAACAUCCAGGCCACGCAGCUGCGUCGGUCGUUGGCGCUGGCACAGUUUGCCUACGAGACAAACAUCACGGACGCCAAUCUCGCAGACAUGCAGGUGAUUGAGGCCAACGUGACCGCCUUCGACCAGCAGGUGGUCACUGGUCUCCGCAUCAUGCUGACGUUCGGCCAAUUGCCAGACUACUCGCCCGCGAGCGUGAAUGCCGCGUUGUGCCCAGUCACUGCACGUCAAGUCAACAAACUGUUGCUUUCGGACGUCUCCAGCAACGCCACACGCCGCGCAGAAAUCUCCUCGCUCGUCACCCAAAUGCAGCAGAUUUAUGCCACAACAACCGUGUGCCUUGGCGAUCAAACCCCGCCGUGCACCAACAACCUCGAGCCCGAGCUUGCCAGCAUUCUUGCCGACCCCUUGGCCACGCCCGCGGCCAAGCUGGAAGCCUGGCUUGGCUGGCACAACAAUGUCGGCGUUGCCGUUUCCCCGUUGUUUGCCCAGUUUGUGCAAGCGUCAAACGCAGCCGCGGUGGAGAAUGGAUUUGCCAACACUGGCGAGUUUUGGCAGUCGGGCUACGACAUGCCCGCGGCAGAUUUCGUCACCAUGAUUGACAACCUGUGGACGGACGUCCAGCCCUUGUACAACCAGCUUCACUGCCACGUUCGCCGACGACUCUCUGCGCACUAUGGAAGUGAUGUGGUGCCUCCCGAAGGCCCCAUUCCCGCGCACCUUCUCGGCGACAUGUGGGCCCAAGCCUGGUCGAACGUGGCCUCGUUUGUGCUGCCCUACCCGGACGUCGACGCACCAGACGUCACUGCGGCGCUGCUUGGCCAAGGCAAGACUGCUCUGGAGCUGCACGAGCUUUCCGAAUCCUUCUACUCGUCGCUGGGCUUUCAGCCCCUGCCCGCCAGCUUUUGGUCGCUGUCCAUGCUGGAGCGCCCUCAAGACCGCGACGUUGUCUGCCAUGCCUCGGCGUGGGACCUGGAGGAAGGCGACCUCCGCAUCAAAAUGUGCACAGUCGUGAACGAGGAAGACUUGUACGUCGUCCACCACGAGCAAGGGCACUUGUUUUACGACCAGAGCUAUGCAGCACAGCCUCCGCUCUUCCGCGAGGCGGCCAACGAUGGUUUCCACGAGGCGGUGGGCGACACCAUCCGUCUGUCUGUUUCAUCGCCACGCCACCUCGAGUUUCUGCAACUGGCAACCUUUGAAGGUCUGCCGGAGGCGGAACUCGCCCAGGUGCAGCUCAAUGCUCUGAUGGGCGUCGCGCUUGACAAGCUGGCCUUCCUGCCAUUCGGAUACAUGCUCGACAAGUGGCGCUGGCAGGUCUUUUCGGGCAGCGUUGCCCCUGAGCAGUACAACGACCUCUGGUGGCAGCUGCGCUUUGAGCUGCAAGGCGUCGCCCCUCCGAACGUGCCACGCCCCAGCAACAUUUUGGAUCCCGGUGCCAAAUUCCACGUCGCUGCCAAUGUGCCGUACGUGCGGUACUUUUUGGCGUUCGUGCUCCAGUUCCAAUUCCACGAUGCGCUGUGCAGGCUGGCUGGCUACUCUGGGCCUCUGUCAAACUGCGACAUUUACAACUCCGCCGAGGCUGGCCAUGCGUUGCGAGAAAUGCUUGCGCUCGGCUCGAGCAAGUCUUGGCCCGAAGCGCUGGAGGUGCUCACCGGCACCCAGCAGAUUAGCGUUGAGCCCAUGAUUGCCUUCUUCCAGCCCUUGCUGGAUUGGCUUGAAACUGAGAACGACGGCCAAGUCUGCACUUGGGGCGAGCUGCCCACACCAGCCACGACGGAUGUGCCACAAGCGUCCAGUGCCACUCCGGAAGCCUCCUCUGCCACGCCAGAGGUCAGUUCUGCAACACCCGAGGUCAGUUCCGCAACGCCUGAAGUCUCUUCUGCAACGCCGGAAGUCUCCUCAGCAACGCCGGAAGUCUCCUCAGCAACUCCCGAAGUCUCCUCAGCAACGCCUGACGUCUCGUCAGCAACGCCUACAUCCACAGCCGCCGCAACGAGCACCAAGCCCGCUGUCGUGCCUCCCAAGCCGAUUCGCUACGGCGAAGACCUCACUGGCCUUUGGGUCAUGAUUGCCUUUGGUGCUUCAAUGCUUGCGUUCGGCAUUGGCCGCCUCAGCUAUUAUCGUGUCAAGGCAUUUUUGCAAGCUGAACGGUACAACCGGUAUGACGACGAGCAAGCAAUUCUGGACGACGACUUGUAGGUGAUUUGUCACCCCCUUUCCUUUUGUUCGUGCAUCCCCUUGUUUUUUUUUUUUUUUUUUUUUUAAUUACGUGUUGUCACUCUGUUUCUGUGUUUGUUGAUUCGGUUUUUACAUUGUGUACUUUGGUCCGAUGGUAUGAUUUGUCUUGUACUUUUUUUGCGUCAAUUUGUUUUGUUUUUGUGUGAUACAAACAAAAAGCUCCCCC